AUGUAUAUGACUGUCAAACGUGUGUCAGAGAAACUGUCAGAGCACUUCGGGGCCGACAGCCUGACAAUCUCCAUUCAGGACGGAAAGAAUGCCGGACAGUCGGUGCCGCUGGCAGCUCAUGACAAGGUCGCCAACCGGAAAUACCGUUCUGCCGAAGAGAUGGCCGCGGAGGCACUCAUUUUCAGGAAGUUCUUCUACGACGACAAUGGUCAGCCCUUGCCCUGCUCUCAGUGCUCCUAG